AUGAAAGCGGCUCAAGAUCGUCAAAAGUCCUACGCUGAUUUGGCUAGAAGGCAAGUGGAGUUUUCGGUUGGAGAUAUGGUUUGGUUGAAAGUAUCUCCCACCCGGGGAGUGAUGCGGUUUGGAAGAAAAGGGAUGUUGAGCCCCAGGUUUAUCGGUCCGUAUGAAAUCCUUGAGAGAAUUGGGAGUUUGGCUUACCGAUUGGCGCUACCUAUAGAGGUGGAGAGAGUGCACAACGUGUUCCACGCAUCCCAGCUUAAAAGAUAUAUUCACGACCCGACGCAUGUUUUACCACCGGAGGUGAUACCGUUAGACGAGGACUUGACCUACGAAGAGAGGCCGCUCAAGAUUCUGGAUUUCAAGACUCGGGACACGCGUAGGAAGUCCGUAAAGAUGGUGAAAGUUUGGUGGACGCAUCACGGUGUAGAGGAAGCGACUUGGGAGCUGGAGUCAACCAUGAGGGAGUGUUAUCCAGAGUUGCUCUCGUCAGGUACCUCGUUUUUGCCGCUGUUAGUUGUUUGUUGCUUGCCUUGUGUGCUUGUUCUUGCUUGA